UGGAAAUUGUCAAGUUACUUCCUUGCCCCUUGUAACUGCCAAGGUCUCCGUCGACUCUUUUUCUCGGUGUUUCACUUUCAGUUUUCUCUCCAAUCUAGCAAAACCAUGGACGCGUUCUCUUCCUUCUUCGACUCACGACCCGGCACUCGCUGGAACUAUGAUUCUCUCAAGAACUUCCGUCAGAUUUCUCCCAUCGUUCAGUCUCAUCUUAAGCGUGUAUAUCUCACCUUGUGCUGUGCUUUGGUUGCAUCCGCCUUUGGCGCGUAUCUUCACCUUCUGUGGAAUAUAGGUGGCCUUCUCACUACAUUCUGUCUCCUUGGAAGCAUGAUUUGGAUGCUCUCUUCUCCUCCAUAUGAACAAAAAAAGAGGGUUUCCCUUCUGUUGCUCUCUGCAGUUCUUGAAGGUGCUUCCGUUGGUCCAGUGAUCAAGUUGGGCAUCGACAACGAUCCUAGAAUCGUGAUCACCGCAUUCAUAGGGACCGCAGUGGCUUUUGUGUGUUUCUCGGUGGCAGCAAUGUUGGCAAGGCGGAGAGAGUACCUCUACCUUGGAGGGUUGCUUUCGUCAGGCGUUUCCAUGCUUUUGUGGCUCCACUUGGCCUCUUCCAUAUUUGGUGGCUCUGCAGCUGUCUUUAAGUUUGAGCUGUACUUUGGGCUGCUGGUGUUCGUGGGAUACAUGGUGGUGGACACUCAGGAGAUAAUUGAGAAGGCUCACAAUGGAGACAUGGACUAUGUGAAACAUGCCUUGACACUAUUCACUGAUUUCGUUGCAGUCUUUGUCCGAAUUCUCAUCAUCAUGUUGAAGAACGCGUCGGAGAAAGGAGAGAAGAAGAAGAAGAGGAGAAGACAGAGUUGAGUCCGCUCUUGUUUUUCCACACAUGGAACUGGUUAGGGUUUGGUGUGUUUAGGUGACAAGAGAAGGGUGAAGGGAUUUCAGUUUACAUUUUGUGUGAGUGAUGUCUCUGAUCCGACACACACACACACACAUACGUACGUACAUAUGCAAACAAAUGGGUAAAAGGUUGUGAGAUUAAACCCAAAUCACCAUGAGGCGGCAGGUGGUAGUGAUGAAAGUGUGAGGUUCUCUGAACCAAGGCCCGCAUUCUGUUUAUGCCCCCAAACCAAUGCUUCGCAUUGUUUUUAAUUAUCACUACUCCAACAAAAGAGUGUGUGUGAAUGUCGUUCAUUUAUAGAUUAUGAUACUAAUUAAUGA